AAAAACCCUAGUUUACUCUUUUUCCUCUGUUUUCUCAAAAAGAAGAAUGAUAAUGACUGGAGAACCUGUGAACCCCAAAGCAUACCCACUAGCCGAUGCUCAGUUGACAACAACGAUUUUAGAUCUUGUUCAACAAGCUGCCAACUACAAGCAGCUCAAAAAGGGAGCUAAUGAAGCUACCAAGACCCUAAACAGAGGUAUCUCAGAGUUCGUUGUGAUGGCUGCGGAUACCGAGCCCCUUGAGAUUUUGCUCCACCUUCCUUUGCUUGCUGAAGAUAAGAAUGUCCCCUAUGUGUUUGUUCCUUCAAAGAAAGCACUUGGACGAGCAUGUGGGGUCACAAGACCUGUAAUUUCAUGUUCUGUCACAACAAACGAAGGAAGCCAAUUGAAAUCCCAAAUACAACAACUCAAGGAUGCUAUCGAGAAGCUCUUGAUCUAGAGAAUCUUAUGAAAACUCAUUUUCGGUGCGACGGGCCUCUCGGAUUGUGGUUGUCGGUCCUUUAGAGGCUUUGACUGAUGAAGGUGUGCCACAAGUGAACAUCU